UGCCUUUGUAGCUCUCAAUAAUAACAGAAGUUUGAAAAUUUUAAUUUAUUUAUAAUAUCGCAUACGAAAAAUGUUUUUAACAAUAAUUUCUGGCAUUAUAGCCUUUAUAAUAUUGUUUUAUAUAUUUUUAAUAUGGAAUUUUGAUUAUUGGAAAAAAUUGGGUAUUUCGAGUCCCAAACCUCAGCCAUUUGUUGGUAAUUAUAACAGUGUUUUGACACAAAAACGUCAUAUAGCUUAUGAUCUACAAGAUCUUUAUGAAAAAUACAAACACACCGAUAAUUUCGUGGGCAUCUUUAGUUGUCGUAGUCCUCAGUUGUUGAUAACAAACGGAGAACUGGUGCUACGUAUUUAUAGUACAGAUUUCAAACAUUUUCAUGAUAAUGAAGCUUCACAAAUGGUGGAUGAGAAAUCCGACUUUUUAUUUGCCAACAAUCCAUUUUCCUUGACCGGUGAGAAAUGGAAAGAAAGACGUGCUGAAAUAACACCAGGUCUCACAGUAAGCAGAAUAAAAACCGUAUAUCCCAUCACCAAAAGAGUUUGUCAGAAUAUGACCAAAUUUAUCGAAGAACAAAUAAAAAUCGGAGCCAAAGAGGGUAUCGAUGCUAAAGAUCUCAGUCUACGUUUCACCUCGGAUGUAGUUACCGAUUGUGUUUUGGGUCUAGAGGCAAAAAGUUUUGAACUCAAACCUUCACCCAUUAUGACAAUGAUUAAUCAAAUAUUCGAACAAAAUCUUAUAUUAGUCUUAUACACCAUAAUCUUGGGUUUAUUUCCUUCAUUGAGUAGUAUAUAUAAAAUACGUUUUUUCCCCAAAAAGUGUGAAAAGUUUUUCGUGCAGUUAAUGAAAGAUUCCAUAGAUUUGAGAAAAUCUCAAAAGAAGGAGGGUGUAAAUGAAAAUCGUGUGGAUUUUUUGAAUUAUAUAUUACAGUUGCAGGAGAAAAAGAAACUUUCGACAUUAGAUAUGGCUGCUCAUACAAUGACAUUUUUAUCGGAUGGUUAUGAGACAACGGCAGCAGUUUUAUCACAUACUCUACUACUGUUGGGUCGUGAUUUGGAAAGACAACAAAAGUUACGUUUGGAAAUUUUAGAGAACAUUGAUGUUAAGGGUGAUUUUGAUAAAAUGAUGGAAUUGCCUUAUUUAAAUGCUUGCAUUCACGAAUCCAUACGUCUAUUUCCUCCAAUUUUCUUUUCUAAUAAACUUUGUACCGAACCCAUUGAGUUGACCAAUAAAAAUGGCAAAAGGCCCAAGAAUACUGUGAUAGUUUUACCUUUAUAUGCCAUAAUGAAGGAUGAGAAUUACUAUACAAACCCUAAUGAAUUUGAACCGGAACGUUUUCUCGAAGAAAAUGGCGACCUUAAGAAAUAUAAAGAUUUGGGUGCUUAUUAUGGUUUUGCAGAUGGGCCAAGAGCAUGUUUAGGUAUGCGGUUUGCUUUGUCCCAACUUAAAAGCGCUUUAGUUGACAUUAUACGUCAGUUUGAAGUACGUGUUAAUCCGAAAACGCGCAAAGAUAAUGAAUUGGAUCCGAAAUAUUUCUUAACGCGCUUAAAUGGUGGCAUUUGGUUGGAUUUUAAAAAAAUUGCAUAAUGAUAACAA